CCGCGCUCCCCGCCGCGCCCCGCGCCGCUCCGGACCCCCGCGCCCCCCCAUGCGCCCCCCGGCGCCCUGACCGCGGCGGACACGAUGCGAGCCCAAAUCGAGGUGAUCCCGUGCAAGAUCUGCGGAGACAAGUCCUCGGGGAUCCACUACGGUGUCAUCACCUGCGAGGGCUGCAAGGGUUUUUUCCGGAGGAGCCAGCAGAACAACGCCAGCUACUCCUGCUCCCGGCAGAGGAACUGCCUGAUCGACCGCACCAACCGCAACCGCUGCCAGCACUGCCGCCUGCAGAAAUGCCUGGCGCUGGGCAUGUCCCGCGACGCGGUGAAGUUCGGCCGCAUGUCCAAGAAGCAGCGGGACAGCCUCUACGCCGAGGUGCAGAAGCACCAGCAGAGCCAGGAGCAGAGCGGGGGCACCAAGGAUGAGCCCGAGCCCCUGAGCCGCGUCUACACCACGAGCGUGAGCAGCGGGCUCUCGGACCUGGACGACAUCUCCACGCUGUCCGACGGGCUGCUCUUCGACUUCCCCCUCACCCCCGACGGCAGCAGCACCUACUACAACCUGGACCUGCUGGCCUCGGCACAGCCCUCGCCCGACCAGUCCAGCCUGGACGUGGCCGAUGCCACGCUCAUCAAGCAGGAGUCCAUCUACGAGCUGAUGCUGGAGCCGGCCCUGUUCGCCCACGGGGCGCUGGAGGGGGGGCAGCUGCCCCCCGACAUCUCCGUGCUGGAGAUCGACCGGGUGGCCCAGAACGUGGUGAAGUCGCACCUGGAGACGUGCCAGUACACGACGGAGGAGCUCAAGCGCCUGGCCUGGAGCCUCUACUCCCCCGAGGAGGUCCGUGCCCUGCAGAGCAAGAGCUGCGAGGCCAUGUGGCAGCAGUGCUCGCUGCAGAUCUCCAACGCCAUCCAGUACGUGGUGGAGUUCGCCAAGCGCAUCGACGGCUUCAUGGAGCUCUGCCAGAACGACCAGAUCAUCCUCCUGAAAGCCGGUAAGGGGCUGGGGGGGGGAUCCCCACCGCCCCCCUCGCGCCCUUGACACCCCCCUUUGUGUCCCCACUGUCCCCCCGUGUCCCCAGCACCUCUCCCGAGCAGCAGCCGCUGUGCCAAAGGUGUAUCCCGUCUUUUCUCUGGUGCUUUCCUUUUGGAGCCUCCCCUCCCU